AUGGAGAAAGUUUGUGAAUUCUGCACAGCAUUGAGGCCACUUGUUUACUGUAAUGCUGAUGCAGCAUAUCUUUGUCUAUCCUGUGAUGCAAAAGUCCAUUGGGCGAAUGAACUGUCCGGCCGGCACCCCCGUACCCUUGUGUGUAACUCGUGCAAAUCUCAUCUUGCUUAUGUUCAGUGCUUGGAUCACAAAAUGUUAGUCUGUCGAGACUGUGAUCGAAAUCUGCACGAUGGUUCUUCAACGCAUCGCAGACGAGCUGUCAAAACAUUCGUCGGCUGCCCUUCUGCCAAGGAGUUUGCAACACUAUGGGGAUUUGAGUUUAAGGAGAUUGAAAAGUGUGUCAAUCAGAAGGAUCUGUUCGCAUCUGGUUCUCGUGUUUCAACGUUCGAUAAGGGGUCUAGCAGUCGACUAGGUCAGAUAAUGUUCAAUGAUCACGAGCGGAAAACUAUUCUGCAGCAGAUCGUUGAUUUAAAACGGUUUCAGCUAAGUGAGGAGAAUGAUCAUUCUACAAAGAUAAAUGGGCUACAUGUGGAUGAAAAAUUCAAUCAGCAAGCUCAAAAAUCUCAGGAUUUUGCUAUUAGUCUUCUGGAGGAAGACAAUCCGAUCGGAGAGGUGAAUACCGAAACCUUCUCGUCUGCGUUUUCUCAACUUGAUAAUUUGUCUUCAUCUUCAGCUAUGGACCUUCCCUUGAAUGGAGAAUUGUUUUGGACUUACAAAAGUUCACUUCAAAAUAAUCAGUUAUGGUCCCAAAAUAUUCAAGACCUGGGAAUAUGCGAAGAACUUGCUUGUCAAGAUGAUUUUAACAUGCCCGACGUUGACUUAACAUUCCAAAACUAUGAAGAACUAUUUGAAGGAGAUCAAGAUCCAAUUAGAGUCAUGUUUGGUGGCAAAGAUCUCUCCUGUUCUUCUUUAGAGAAAGAUUUAUCCGUGGAUGACUAA